AUUGCUUGUGUGGCAAGGGUAUGCACUUUAAGUGCUUUUCGUAAUAUUAUUACUUCAUUUAUUGUGUGUGUUUUUAUAGCUACUAAUAAUUAUAAUGAUGAUGAUGAUAAUUCAAAAUAGAAAAGGAAUAUCUCUUUUUGUUAUUCUAAAACAACUGCUGUAUAUAAUCAGUUAUUAAUUGAAUUUUUGCUGCAGUGGUAUUAAUUGUAGUUCAUUUUUUUAUAGGAUGUGAUGAGCCAAGUACUUCUUAAUACAACACCACUGCCAACAGCUUUUGAAUAUGAAGAUGAAGAUGGAGACUACAUAACUGUUUCUAAUGACGAUGAAUUAUUUGCCUUAUUAUCUUAUAGUCAAUGCAAGUGUGAGCAUUAUGGUGUUGCAGCUAUUCCAAUUUCUAUCUAUCCUAAAGUUCAAAGAGUAAGAAAUCCUUUAAUGCUAGAGGUCAACACUGAUGCAUCAUCAUUGACAAUUGAGUCUGUAAAUACAUGUAAUGAAAGUGGAUCACAACGAAGUGCUGAUGAGCAGGCUCUAAUUAAUUUAUUAUCUGGUGGACAAAUAUCACCUCAAGAAUUGCAGUUCUUAGAAAUUUUGGGUCAUGGUAGUGGAGGAACUGUUUAUAGGACUUUUCAUUCUCCUACUAAAGUUGUCAUGGCUGUAAAAGUUAGUAAAUUACAUCUACUUUUAUACUAACGAGAUAACAAUCAAAGUAGAGGGUACCUACACCUCAAAUUUUUUUGCUGAAAUUAAUUGAAAAGUGUCAUUGAAAACAUAGCUAAAAUUAUCAAA